GGGCUUGUGCUGCUAUUGCAGAGCUCUGCCUGUCACUCACAUUUAUGACAACUUCCUGUGGAAUAAUGAAAGGACCCGCCCAGCCCUCAUACCAGCCUAGUCACUGAUCUGUGAGGAUCUGUCUGCGACUCUGAUAUAAUUACAUUUUAAAGAGGUGACUGUCACAAUGCUGUGAUUCCAUUUGAAAAGUCUGUCCUCUGCUUCAGGUUCCUUCAUGAUUUUUUAGCUGAUUUUCUCUCUUCUGGAGGGCACAAUAAUACCACUCAGGAGGUGACCACAGAAUUAUGGCCUGUCAAUGGGUCACCAGUUUGUGCAGCAAGAGCCCACUCUUAUAAGAGCUAAUGUCUGACAUUGAGUAAUUGCAGAGGAGUAAUCCAGCAUUUGACCAGGAGCCCCCUCAGUCGCAAAGUUGCGGGAUGGACAACAAAGGAUUUCGCCGUUCCAGCCUCGCGAGUUUUCACAGCAACACUAGUGAUGAGGACAUGGUUGAGAUCACAGAGGCUACCCUGGAUUUUACCAUGACAGAUGACGUGCCCCCCAUCGACAGAGACAUGGCUGCAGGCUUCGUUUCAUACAACGGCAAUGGUUUGAACGGCGGCGCUAAGGUGAUGGAUUUCCUCGAUGUGCCGGGAGUGGGGACGUAUGAAGACUUUAAUACCAUCGACUGGGUGAGGGAGAAGUCGAGAGAUCGAGACAGGCACAGAGAGAUUCUCAGCAGGAGUAAAGAGUCCACGUGGGCCCUUCUGCACAGUGUAAGUGAUGCCUUUUCUGGAUGGAUGCUUAUGCUGCUCAUCGGCCUAACAGCAGGUUCAUUAGCUGGUUUGAUUGACAUCUCAUCACACUGGAUGACAGAUCUAAAGGAGGGCAUCUGUCUGCCUUGGUUCUGGUUUAACCAUGAACAGUGCUGUUGGCAGUCUAAUAAUGUGACUUUUGAAGAUCGAAAUAACUGUCCAGAAUGGCGAAGCUGGUCCCAGCUUGUUCUCGGCAGGUCCGAGGGAGCGUUUCCAUACAUUCUAAAUUACUUUAUGUAUGUGAUGUGGGCACUCCUUUUCUCGCUGCUUGCUGUUUUGCUGGUCCGUAACUUUGCCCCAUAUGCCUGUGGUUCAGGGAUUCCUGAGAUAAAGACCAUAUUGAGUGGUUUCAUUAUUCGUGGCUAUUUGGGCAAGUGGACGCUGAUUAUUAAGACUAUGACACUGGUGCUGGCUGUGUCUUCUGGCCUCAGCUUGGGCAAGGAAGGUCCCCUCAUUCAUGUUGCCUGUUGUUGUGGUAACAUCUUGUGCCAUCUCUUCACUAAGUACCGCAAGAAUGAGGCCAAGAGGAGAGAGGUGUUGUCAGCUGCAGCCGCUGCCGGGGUGUCCGUAGCCUUUGGUGCUCCCAUUGGUGGAGUUCUCUUCAGUCUGGAAGAGGUCAGCUAUUAUUUUCCAUUAAAGACUUUAUGGAGGUCAUUCUUUGCUGCAUUGGUAGCAGCCUUUACUCUUCGUUCCAUAAACCCUUUUGGAAACAGCCGCCUGGUCCUCUUCUACGUUGAGUUCCACGCGCCAUGGCACUUAUUGGAGCUCAUUCCAUUCAUUUUAUUAGGAAUAUUUGGGGGAUUGUGGGGUGCCUUUUUUAUCCGUGCCAACAUUGCCUGGUGUCACAGACGGAAAACCACCAAACUCGGUCGCUAUCCUGUGGCGGAAGUCCUAAUGGUGACGGCUAUUACAGCCAUACUGGCAUUUCCCAAUGAUUACACCAGAAUGAGCUCUAGUGAAAUGAUAUCUGAGCUUUUCAAUGACUGCGGCCUUCUUGACUCGUCCAAGCUAUGUGAUUAUGUUAAUGAUUACAACAACACAAAGGGGGGCAACCUCCCUGACCGUGCAGCAGGAAAUGGAGUCUACACAGCCAUGUGGCAACUGUCCCUGGCGUUGAUCUUCAAAGCUGUGAUUACCAUAUUCACAUUUGGCAUAAAGGUGCCAUCAGGCCUUUUCAUCCCAAGCAUGGCUGUGGGUGCUAUAAUGGGAAGGCUUUUGGGGGUUGCCAUGGAACAGCUUUCCUUCUACCAUCACGACUGGCUGAUCUUCAGAGGAUGGUGCAACCAAGGAGCAGACUGUAUCACGCCUGGUCUGUAUGCCAUGGUUGGAGCAGCGGCCUGCCUAGGUGGCGCCACACGUAUGACUGUCUCACUUGUGGUUAUUAUGUUUGAGUUAACUGGUGGAUUGGAAUACAUUGUUCCUCUGAUGGCCGCCGCCAUGACCAGCAAGUGGGUGGCAGACGCUUUGGGACGGGGGAGUAUUUAUGAUGCCCACAUCCAUUUAAAUGGUUACCCCUUCCUGGAGGCGAAGGAAGAGUUCAGCCAUAAAACACUGGCUAUGGAUGUCAUGCGUCCCCGGCGCAACGACCCUAUAUUAACGGCCAUUACUCAAGACAGCAUGACGGUGGAGGACAUUGAGGCCAUUAUAAGUGAAACGACCUACAGUGGCUUCCCAAUUGUAGUUUCUAGAGAAUCCCAAAGACUAAUGGGCUUUGUACUGAGAAGAGACUUAAUUAUCUCUAUCGAAAGCGCCCGAAAAAAGCAAGAAGGGAUAGUGAGCACAUCGCGGAUUUACUUUACAGAGCACACGCCAACACAACCCACGACUGCUCCACCCAGCCUAAAGCUUCGUGCAAUUAUGGACUUAAGCCCCUUCACAAUAACAGACCAGACACCUAUGGAGAUUGUGGUGGAUAUCUUCCGUAAGCUUGGUCUGCGCCAGUGCCUUGUGACACACAAUGGGAGAUUGCUUGGCAUAAUAACAAAGAAAGAUGUCCUAAAGCAUAUAGCACAGAUGGCCAAUCAAGAUCCGGACUCUAUAUUAUUUAACUGAAUCUAUGCCUAAAAUAACAGGAGCUAUGGACUCUGCUGAAGCCAUAUUCAGUAUCAUUGUAGGGUGUGUUUUGCACCUCCAGACUGUGAAGAGGUGCCUUGCAUCAUGAAGUGGAGUGACUGAAGCUUUGGUGGCUGAUUCACGAAAAUGAAGUUAAAAAAAAAAAAAAGCUCUCCUUGCAGGUCACUUCAAAGAUGGCCAUUGAUCCUUUUUUCUGCAGCCAUUUGGGCACAUUUCUAUGUCCUCUUAACUGUGGUUUAGUGGACACGCCUGUGGAGUGAAAUAUACGUAUAGCCGCAAACAGAAUUUCUGGAAGAAAUUGCACCUUUAAUUAAAGAGAAGAAUAAAUGAUAUAUAUAUAUAUUUAAGUAAACACACGUCCUGUCGUCAAAGGUCAGAGAUCGGUGGUGUAUGGUAUAUGCAUAAGCGUAGGCCUUUACACAAAUUAUCUUGUUCUGAGAAAUAAACAACACAUGUUUCAGAA